UGUGAAUCAGGAAAAAUGAUCUGGAGGGAGGUUUUUCUCUACUUGUUGUGUAACAUGAUCAAACAAUGCAUCUCCACUGGUCUUCAUGCACACGUCAUGCCAUUUUCCAGCAUGAGCCACCUUCAGACAGACCAAACUGUGUGUCCUCAGACUAAAGAUGGGAAUGACAUAUUUCCAGGAUUUUACAUAAUGACUCAGUUCAACAUUGCUGAAAUGGCCAGGAGAGGGAUGGUGAGGAAAGUGCCUGGAACGACAUCUCAACAUGUAGCAUAUAAGAUUGGCCCCGAGUUCAACUUCAGGAUUAACACCAGAUCUGCAUUUCCCAUGGGGCUGCCUGAGGAAUUUGCAUUUUCUGCAACAUAUCGGAUGAGCGGCGAUACACCGAAUAAGAGCUGGAAUAUGUGGCAAAUGCAAGAUCUGAAUGGAAAGGAACAGCUCGCCGUCAGACUCAAUGGGGAGGCCCUGUCUGUGGAGUUCUCAUAUAGAACCCAGGAGAACAGAGGGAUGACAGCUUUAUUCCCUUACCAAACACUCCUCUUCAAUUCUCAGUGGCACAACAUUUUACUGCUUGUCAAAAAAGGCUCUGCGAGUCUCAUAACAGAUUGUAUAGCAACAGAUUCACAGCAGCUGGCACCAAGAGGACAAGUAAACCUAGAUGGAUUCACACAUAUUGGAAAACUGAAGGACAAUUCAGCAAUAGCUGUGCCGUUCGAGCUGCAGUCGAUGCUGAUUCACUGCGACUUAAACGUCCCGCAGAGAGACGCAUGCGGUGACCUUCCUGCGAGCAGACAGACGGCCGAAGCAGAGUUUAAGAGGGCUGGUGCCGGAUCCCCUGGUCCUCCUGGUGUUGCCGGAAUAGACGGCAUUGCUGGGGAGAGAGGUGAACCCGGUGAAGAGGGUUCGACUGGUCCUGAUGGAGAUACCGGAAAACCUGGCUCUGCGGGACUUCCUGGAUUACCUGGAGCCGAUGGAUUGACAGGCCCUAUAGGGGAACCGGGUCUCGAUGGCCCUUCAGGACAAAAGGGAGAACCUGGCAAAUCUGGACCCAGAGGAGAGGCGGGUUUUGGACCUGAUGGACCAAUUGGACGACCAGGACCAGGAGGACUUCCGGGCGAGCUGGGAAAAGUUGGACCCCCUGGAUCAAUGGGUGUGAGAGGGCCACAGGGGCCCCGUGGACCAGCCGGACCCCGUGGUGCUGCAGGGAUGCUGGGCGGAACAAUGGAACUGUGCCCCAACGCUUGCUCAGCUGGUACAUCUGGUCAUCCUGGUUUGCCUGGGAUGAAGGGUCAUAAAGGGGUGAAAGGAGAAUCCGGAGAGCCUGGUAAACAAGGACACAAGGGUGAAGAGGGAGAUCAGGGGGCAGUUGGAGAGGUCGGCGCUCAAGGCCCAACUGGGCCACAGGGAAUUCGAGGUGCCACUGGUAUGAUUGGCUCCAAAGGAGAAAUGGGCCCUCGAGGUGUUGAUGGUGACCCGGGCCCUCAGGGGGUUUCAGGGGCGACGGGGGAUCGAGGCCAAAGAGGAGGAAUGGGAGAAGCUGGCCCUAAAGGAGAACAGGGACCUCAAGGGCCAAGAGGCAACACUGGUCUUCCAGGGUCAAAGGGAGAUAGUGGUUUGCCAGGAGUGGAUGGACGUGAGGGAAUUCCUGGCAUGCCAGGUGCCAAGGGCAACGUCGGAAAAGCUGGAAGCCCCGGAGAAGUUGGCCUUCAAGGACUCCCUGGUUUACCAGGAAUCCCAGGGCCAAAAGGUGGAGGAGGAGAGAAGGGUAAUUCUGGACAACCAGGCCUCCUUGGGACUAUGGGAUCUGCAGGCAAACAGGGUGAGCGAGGAGAACAAGGAGAACUUGGACCCAUCGGGCCUAUUGGACAGCCGGGAGACAGAGGGGAGCCGGGGCCACUUGGACCAAUGGGAAAACCAGGAGCCAGAGGUCCGAAAGGUGACUUAGGCUUGCCUGGACUUCCCGGACCGCCGGGCUUGCCUGGAAUAAAAGGAGAUAGGGGUGAAGCAGGUGAACCUGGACCAAAGGGAGAACAGGGAGAUCAAGGUGUCGAGGGAACGCCAGGAGACAAGGGAGAUCUUGGUGAUCCUGGCCAACCUGGAGCUAAAGGCGAAGUUGGCAACCAGGGAGAUCCGGGCAAUAGAGGGCCUGAAGGUGCCCGUGGGCAGCCUGGCAUUGAGGGACCUCCUGGUAGUGCUGGACCACGUGGCAUGCAGGGGAACAGAGGAGCUCCAGGACCUCGUGGCACUCAGGGACCAGCGGGUAAAGAACCAAGUGAUCAACACAUCAGACAAGUGUGCAUGCGCGUCCUGCAGGGGCAACUGGCCCAGUUAGCUGCCAGUCUGAGGAGACCAGAGUCCGGUGCGGUCGGACUGCCAGGCAAACCUGGUCCCCCCGGCCCUCCCGGACCCCCAGGUGACAGCGGCUUCCCAGGGCAUGCUGGUGCAAGAGGACUCCCGGGACUCAAAGGGCCUCCGGGACUUCUGGGUGUCAAGGGGCCGAAAGGUGAGAUGGGAGACAAAGGGGACAGGGGACCUACACAUCGGGGACCCAAAGGCAUGCCGGGACCUCCUGGAUUACCAGGUGAACCUGGAAAACCGGGAUACGGUCAGGAUGGGCGUGAUGGAGAAAGGGGUCUACCUGGUUCCCCUGGUCCGUCGGGCGUUCCUGGACCUCCCGGUACAGCCGGACCACCCGGUUACUGCGAUCCUUCGGCCUGUAAUCUUAGUGCAGGCGCCGCACACCAGUCUCUCGAAGACUCUAGCUUGAAGGGACCGGGCAGAAACUAAAACGAAAAACCUUCAGGACAUUCGGAGAGACUCCGUUACAGCUCUGCGAAGAGCACACAUCAUUAUCGCCCCUCGCAGAUCAUUUUACUACAGCUGUGAUGACUAAAACACUUUACCAGCUUCCCAUGUUCACCCGGUGCAAAUGAACUUUCACAGAACUUAUUGGUCAUCUAAUGUUCUCUAGACUUUUUUGUUUUUUCCAGCUUAUACUUUAAAUCCACAAACGUCAAUGUGGCCUUCAGACCUGAGGCCUUUUUCAUUUCUGUGUGGCAAAGAUAAACCUGGCCGAAAUAUUAAUGGUGCUCGAAGUUCAUAACAGAAACAGCUGCUGGAGACCUGCUGUCAGAAACAAAAAGAGAGAAGAUGUAUUUAAUGUAUUCUAUACAUCUAUGUAAAUGAUUGUGGUUUUGUAUGAAAUUCACUCCCCCUGCUAAAAAAAAAAAAAAAAACCAUCAGUGUGAUUUAUUGUUCCAGGAUUGUGGGCGGGAAUGUGAUGCAUUUGACAAACACACAAGAAAUGCAGAUAUGUCAUUUCAUGGUAUUUCUAUUUAUUUUACAUAGGUGUUUGAUGACGAUGAAGUUUGUACAGAGAUCCAAGGGAGACACAUUUGAAUAAAUUUGAAUGUUUUUAUAUGAAUUCAAAAUAAAUGGAGGUCUCAAACAUUU